AGUUAACCAGAACAAAAGAACGCGAGUAACGGUUUUCUUACGAGAUAGUGCCAGUAGCCAAGUUUAACAGGCCUCAUAUGGAUCGUUAAAAGUUAUUAAACAGCAUUAAACAACGUGCCUAUCUAGUGUACCAAAGAUAUACAAGAAUUGUUUUGCUACAUAGCAGAGUGGAUAUUAAAAUAAUGAAAUAACAUCAGUGCGUUCUAAUCUUAAGAAUUAAUCAUGGUUAAAAUUGGCCUUAGGACGUUCUUCAUGAUAUUAUCGAUCGGCUUACACUUGACAUCAGCAGUGUCCAUCCUAGAAUAUCUAUUUAAUCUAGAUGUAAACGAAAACGAGGAUUCCAACUUCAAGGACCUGGUCAUUAAAUACGGUAAGGAAUGCGAAGAGUAUCAAGUGGUAACGGAGGAUGGUUACAUUUUAACUCUCUUCCGUAUUCCCGGUGACGUCAAUCGACCGGUAUUGCUUGUGCACGGCUGUUUUGGUUCUGGGGAUUCGUUCAUCUUAAGGGGUAAGAAGUCGCUGGCUUACGCUCUAGCUGAGGCUGGCUACGACGUGUGGGUCUGCAACUAUAGAGGAACUAAAUACAGCAGGAAACAUGUCACUGUAGAUCCAGACCGCGACGACAAGUUCUGGGAUUACAGCUUCGAAGAAAUCGGUUACUACGACAUGCCCGCGUUCAUAGACUUCAUCUUGGAGAAGACCGGACAAGCCAAGUUACAGACGAUAGGAUACUCGCAAGGAGGAACGGUCUUCUACGUAAUGGGAUCUAUCAAGCCAGAAUACAACGAGAAAAUUAAGGUACUAAUUUCCCUUGCGCCGAUAGCACACUUUUAUCACAUCAAAAAUCCAGUGACCAGGCUGUUCGAAAACGAAUCACGUCUGAGUAACAUUAUCAAUGCUAUGGGCAAGGAAGAAAUUUUUGGUCCACGAUCAGGAGAACGAGCUAUGAUCGACGCGAUUUGCUGGAGUCCGUUGACCGGCUACAAGAUCUGUUCUCAGUUCUUAUUCGAAUUGGUUGGUUACGAUGAGGACGAAUGCGAACCGAAAUUCUAUUAUAAAUUAAAGCAUUACAUACCGAAUAGCAUUUCGAAAAAGAAUGUCCAGCAUUUACUCCAAUUGAGGCGCGGUUUCAAUCGAUUCGAUUACGGGCCGGAGAGGAACCUUGAGGUCUACAACGCGACAUCGCCAUCGAAAUAUGAUUUGGAUAAGGUCAAGAUGAAAAUUGUUCUGUACGUAUCGAAAAACGAUAGGUUGUCAACAGUGGAAGAUGGCGAAGAACUACGGAAUGAGUUCUCUAACGUUGUUGAAUUUCGCAUCAUCGAACGCGACGAAUUCAACCAUUUAGAUUUUAUAUGGGCCAAAAAUAUGGAUAAAUACAUUUUCCCGCACAUACUUCGAGCUUUGGAGCAAUAUAACUUCUAAUUUAGAAUUAAUCAGAAUGUGUUGUAAUUAAGAGCAUAAAUAUCGAGGGGUGUAAGGUUAUUUGGUUUAUGCAAAAUUUUUGCAACUAUACACUGUGCUUAGU